AUUAAAAUCAUAAAAAAUGCAGAACGAAGAAGUUUUUUUAAAUUCCAUCGAGCCGUGGAACAUCUCGUUGUUGAUGGAGAAUUACACUUACAACAAUAACACGAAUAUCACGGAUCUACAAUUGAGAAAUCAAUUCAUACUUCCAUGGUGGAGGCAAAUGAUAUGGACGUUGUUGUUCGCCGGUAUGAUCAUAGUUGCAACCGGUGGUAAUCUGAUAGUGAUUUGGAUAGUAUUGGCCCACAAACGGAUGCGCACAGUUACCAAUUAUUUCUUGGUGAAUUUGAGCAUCGCGGAUGCCAUGGUGUCCACGUUGAACGUCACAUUCAAUUACGUCUACAUGUUGAACAGCCAUUGGCCUUUUGGCACGCUUUACUGCAAGAUUUCCCAGUUCAUCGCUGUCCUCACCAUAUGCGCCAGCGUCUUCACUUUAAUGGCGAUUUCCAUCGACAGAUACAUAGCCAUAAUGAACCCUUUGAGGCCGCGCAUGGGCAAAAGAGCCACGAUUUGCACAGCCAUCGUCAUUUGGAUCGUGGGGGCCACCUUGUCGCUGCCGAUGCUCCUCUUCUACAGAACGUACACCCAAAAUUUCGUGAACGGCGAAGUACGAGUGAUCUGCUACAGCGAUUUCCCGAACAGGGACGACAACGGUCUCAGUUACGACGAAUACCUGUACAACGUGAUCUUUAUGGUGUUGACGUACAUUUUGCCAAUUGGAUCGAUGACAUUCACGUACGCCAGAAUUGGUUUGGAGCUGUGGGGCUCGCAGAGCAUCGGCGAAAACACCGCGGGCCAAUUGGAGGGCAUAAGGAGCAAACGAAGGGUGGUAAAAAUGAUGAUCGUGGUGGUACUAAUAUUUGCUAUAUGCUGGUUACCUUUUCACGUGUACUUCAUCAUAACGUCGUAUUUCCCGGAGGUUACGAAUGAAUCGUAUAUCCAAGAAGUUUUCUUGGGUAUUUAUUGGCUUGCGAUGUCUAACAGCAUGUACAAUCCCAUAAUCUACUGUUGGAUGAAUUCGAGAUUUCGACGCGGAUUCGCCCAUUUUUUCUCCUGGUGCCCUAUGGUGAAAGUUCCACCCGAGCCUUCGUUAUCACGAUCCGAGGCGUUAACGUCGCGUUACAGUUGCACAGGAAGUCCUCAGACGAACACAAGGAUAUCACGGAACGGUACACCGCGAAUACAUUUGUGUCUACGAUCGAGAGGAGGAAACGAUCGAUUUUUGGCCGAGCAUCGAGGAAGAAAGUGGAAAACCUCGCAAACUACGGGUCACGUGUCUUGACAGGAAGAAGAAAGCCCUCAGCAACGAGUACAUACCUGGAUAUAAGAGUACAUAUCCAUAAGAAGUCGGCCUCUUCAAGAUUGAUCGUGAAUGAAAUAGGGAGAGAUUGAGAGGAGCCGAUAAAUUCGAGAUCUCCUUUCUUAGAGAGAGCGCACGCAGACCUGUUAUGACCAGAACCAAACCAGGAAGCUCAAAUAAUUGUUCACUAUGUUCAAUAGAAACGUUAAUUAUCCAAACUAUUAGAAUAAAUAUUUCCGUUUUGAUGUAAACUACGCUGAAUCGAGCCUCAACGCGACGACGAGAAUGAAUUGAAGGAUUCAUAAGAAAAAUGAUCUUUGUCAAUUUUUGUCUUUGUUCAAAAGAAUAAAUAAAUACUCUUGCAUUUUUAUUUUUUAUCGAUAGAUUUGAUAGAUAAAAGUUCCUUUAAAAACUAUUAAUUUUACGAACUAUUAUAUGAUGGUACUAAUUACAUUGCCGAACAAAUUAUGAAAUUGUGCACUUCAUGUUUCUGACAAGAAUCUUCUUAUUUGGAAGAUCUUUUAUUUCGAACUUUGCUUCAUACAUUUAACUGAAUGAAAAAAUAAAAUAAAAAUAAAAUUUUCAUAUUUUUUUUUGCAUUGCUAUAACACAAUAUAAAAAGUUAUUAAUUGAAAAGUUAAUUUUAUGUUAAAAUACGCUUAGUUAUAUUAUAUACAAGUUAAAUUGUUUAGUGUAUGUAUAUAUAAACAUUAACGGACCAAUAAUCUACCUACUGCUAUCUGCAAAUGUUUAUGAAAAAGUUUCAUUUUUCUAACAAAGAUAGAAUUUCAAUGAGAAAUUUAUAAGGACGUAGAUCAUGAUAAAGUAGUUUAAUGUGUGCAGUUUUGUAAAACAUAAACUGCUUAAUUAAUUCUUCCUAUUACUAACUGUUCCUACUGUGUAUUGGUAUUAUAAAUCUAAUAGAAAAGAAUUCUAAUUUUCAUCGAACGAAAAUGUUUUCUAUUUCAGAUGAUAGUUUCUUUAAAAAUGAAAAAUCUAUAUUCUUAAUGAAAUUUUGCUACUUAAACAAGCUUGUAUCUUAUUUUAUUUCGCUCAAAUAUUGUUUAAAAAAAAAUAAA